AUGGCGUUUAUGUCGCAGUCGCUUUCAACGCCGUAUCCGUCGACGGUUUCGUUGCGGGAUGAAGAAACGAAGAACGUCCUCUUGGACGCUAUCAACUCAACAGCCGAAACGGCUUUUUCACAAGAAACACCUGACCUAACGUUAUUCUUCAUUCUAAUAUUCGUCGUACUUCUUCCGUUGUCGUUAUUCGUGAUCAUCGGGAACACCUUGGUGAUCGUCGCUGUCUACACAAGUUUUCAGCUCCGAGAGCGAGUCUUCUACUACGUCGUAGGUAGCAUGGCAGCUACGGAUAUGCUUGUGGGGUUUUCUAUGACACCCGUCUAUUACACGGCUAUUUUUGUUGAUUCUCUGAAGGAAAGCCUCUAUUACUGUUUGUCCAUGAUUACUAUCCUGUUGGUACCUUCAAUGACGUCAAUACUACAUGUUCUUGUCAUCGCCACGGACCAGUACAUCGCCGUUUUCUAUUCUUUACAGUAUCCCCAGAUCGUAACUCAACGGAGGAUAUUUGCCGUUAUUGCCGUAAUAUGGGUGUUCGUUCUUUCAUUCAAUACCCUCCCUUACAUUGGAUGGAGGAGAAAACAUCCUAAUAUUCCUUUACCUUACUGCUUUACCGACCAGGUCUGGACACCAUCAUUGCUUUGUUUUCAGUUUGGUCUGUGCGUCAUAGCCCCUCUAUGCAUCAUGAUUGGUAUCUACACGCGCAUCAUAAGUGCUGCGCGUCUUCAAGCAAGUCGAGUCGACGCGAUGCCGCAAGAAUUCAUCGCAAGUGGUGGCGAUGCCAACGCGGCUGGACAAUUAUCCGUCGGUUCGAUGCACGAUGGCAUCAACCGACCUCAGGAACUACAAGCGCCUGUUGCCAGGAUUCGUCGCGGGCCAACCAUAGCCGAGUUGAAGGCCACUAAAACAUCUGCCAUAGUGCUGGGUACGUUCCUUGUCUUUUGGCUACCUGCGUACAGCGUGCACAUAACAUUUACAUUCAUCAACAGUAGUCGGACUGAACCGCUUCAUAGCCCCACAAUCGCCAUUCUGCAAGCUGCGUCCAAUAUGCUACCAUUCAUAAGUUCAGCUGCUAACCCAGUCAUUUAUGCCUUUCGCUAUCAGGAAUUUCGCAGAUCUUUCAAAAAAUCCCUCAAGAUUUCAUUUUGA